AUGAGUGUGUCGGACAUACAUUCUGAGGAUGGCACACGUUCUGAACAGACCGAUGUUGCGUCCUUGAUAGAUCCAACCGGACCGGACGAUGUUGCAAGCCUGGAUGAGCGGUAUAGUGGCAGCGAGAUCGACGGGAAUGAAGAUGAGAGAUCGUAUGGAGACCAGUAUGGCUCGAAGAGCUAUAUCUCAGAGUCCCAAGAACUACCGCCUCUCUUCUCCCACUUCGGAGCCUCCAUCGACGACAGCAACCUCACCACCAAAACGGCAUUUCGCCAGUCAUGCGGGCCGAUCGAAUUCACUGAACCCGAGAAUUGGCCCGAGGCCGAGCGCAUAGACUCCAAACGAACGAUUCGCGUCUUAGAAGGGAAUGAGGUCGCCGAAGUCAAGUCUCAGAUCCCCGUCGAUCUGACAGACUGCACCUUGACAGCUACUGUCCAGCAGACAAUGACGAAGGAGAGCCUCGAUACUGAUAACCCGUUUCGAGUGCUAUAUGUUGGAAGCCCGGAGUUUCGCAACAUCGUCCUUGACAAGCUCGGUGAUGUUCUCGUGUCAAGUACUGGCAGCGGCUCUGUAAGCAGUUCGACCGAGUCUUCCAGAUAUCAUGUUGUUCCAACGUCGUUUGGCGCUGGUGCGGUCCCAAACUUUGCCGAACUUCUCCCGAUCCACGUCCAACUCAUAGUGGACGAGUGCUUCCAUGCAAUCUCUAUUGAUGACGGUUUUGGUGGCGCAGACGCUAUUGAUCUGAUGCUCAAGAACCGUCCGCUCUGCACGUCUUACUGGAAUGGAAGUGAAUAUGCGCUUUCGUCCGCGACCGAUUGGAUGCUGCCAGACAUUGCUAUCAUCUUUGUCUCCAGUUCGGAUACUGCCGCUACUGAGAAGACGCAAAAGCUAGUGCGCAUCUUCAUGGAACGACAUGGUAUUCCAGUCAUGUUUAUCUCCGAAAAACCCCUGUGGAAUAUGAACAAGGAACUGCCCAUCAACCCACAUACUCUCCAUAUGUGCUUGGAGUCCCGACACUCUCCGACGGGGGAGAACUCGGUUCUGAGACGCUACCCGAUCGAUUUGAAGACGUUCGAGAGUAUUACGCCGGGGCAACUGAAUAGAAAUCUUGCUUCCUUGGCCAAGAUCUACCCCAAGAAGACCCGCCAAGUUAUAGCUGAGAUGAACGAAAAGGGCACCAUCUUCCACGACCUUAUAGAUUAUAUGAGCAAGACGCUCCCUUUUUCCUAUUUGAAUAUUGACCCCGAGUGUGCGAGGUAUAGUUCUUACCUGAUUGUCAUGUCUGCCUUCGCAGUUUUCUUUAUUUCUGCGUCGAUCAUCCUAGGCAGCUGGAAAGCUUCCAUGUUGGAUCCCACACGUGCGGCUUCUAACCUGACGACAUUCCCUUCUUCCAAUAUGGUUGCCACCAGCACAGUACCGACAUCACUUCCAUCAUCCUCUGUCCAAUCUCCCGUUCUGGGCAGACAUGCCACUGGUUCGCUCGAUGAUCUGAUGAGGGGAACAGCCUCAAUCUCUGAGCAAGAGGAGAAGUCAAGUGAUUUUGAGAUCCAGGUGGUUGGCGACUGUCACCUGGCCAUCAAAUCGCCAAGCAGGUAUCCUGGUGGAAAGAAACAUGCCAAGUUCAGUGUUCAGGUCACCAGACAGGAGAAACCACUUCCAUAUGAACUUUCCCAGCUGUUCGAUGGGGUAUACACGUUGAAGCUGGACCGGGGCGAUGCAUACGGCAUCAUAAAUAUCACCAUUACUACCGCCUCCCGGCCAGCUCUGAAACAGACCACAUCCGUGGACUUUGGAACGCCGUGGCUGAAGAUCGCAAACUGGAAACGCGCGGCACAGGCUAUUAGUGCCCAGCUCAUGAGAGACUUUACUAGCGCGCAAACAGGGCUGUCCGAAGUAUAUGGUCGCUUAAGCACCGAUCUUCAGGUGCUCAUGGGCGAUGUGGUCAAACGAGCACAUGUCCUUCGGCGAGAUGCCGAACUCCUCGGGCAAGAGUCUGCACAGGUCUCGCAGGGAACAAAGGAAUUAGUUCUCUCCCGAUCGAAACAGCUGUCUGAAGUGGUUCGGCGCACCGCGGUGCAGCCGUUUUUGGCCGCUUCGUCCGUACUUCAGGGACAUACGCAUAAGGUGAACCGGGAAGCGAGGGAGAUGAUGAGUGACACGUGGAACCGACUCAACGCGCGAGCCCAAGGCUUCGAUCUCAGCCUGAUGAUGGAGCGUGUGCGCAAUGCAAGAAAGUGUACGGCUCUGGACCGAGCGCAGAAGAGAGCAAGGAGUCUGAUGCGACAGAAGAAAUGUUCCCGAACGAAAGUGUGA